AGAAAUAUUUCUUAGUUACUUCAAUGGGGAUUAUUCUAAAGUAAGUGAGCUUUCAUGAUGCCCUUUCAGUUCUGUGCCUGGAAAUAAACAUUUUUGAAAUGCAAUGCAUUAUUCACUUCCUAACAACUGGUCGACCCUUUUUGCAAUGUUGUAGUUAAUGCUAACUUGGCUGAAAUAACUUCUCUUUUUCCAAGAAAACAAAUUCAGGCUGUGCUAGUGAGUGAGCACCAUUGACUUGCCUCUGAGUUAACAUGUAUAAAAUUACGCUGCAAGUGAGUGUUGAACAAGAUCUUUGUUUGGGAGCCAUUGUCCACUGUAGAUGGGAGGCAACAUAAGACCUGUAGGUCAUAGUCAGCAUGUUCUGCUUCCUGUGUGUGUUUGCCAGCAGGGCUUUUGUGACUUUAAAGCCAGCUCUGGUGCUAGUGUUUGCUUAGAAAGUUAGAGAAAGCAUUUGUCACGCACCGAAACAUUUCUAGAUCUUGAAACUGACUGCUGUGCUCUUCAGAGAGCCAACAUGUUGUGGUGGCUUCAGUGUGGACUAUGACCAGGUUGGGCAAGGUUCAAAUUGCUGCUCAUUGAGUGACCUCCAACAAGGCACUCUCUUAACCUAGUCUCACAGGAGUUGUGAGGAUGGUGGGGGUACAUUUGUGAGAGGGAGGAAAAUGUUAUAAAAGGUGGUGAUUAGGGCCACAAUAAUAAAUGUAUACUUCACAAUAAUCUAAUUAAAUUAUGGUGGGCAGGGGGCAAGGAGGUUAGCAGAUGGUGGAUAUUAUUUUAAAAUAUAUAAGACGUCCAGUUAGUGAUCGAUUGAUUUGCAGAAUGUUUUAGUGGAGAUUUAUUAGUAAUGAUCCAGGGUGGAUAAAAAUCAAUGAUUUUUUAAAAAAAAUCGGAUUUUUUUUAUUUAAAUCGGAUUUUUUUAUUUAAAUCGAUUUUUUUGAUUUAAAUUGGAUUUUUUUAAUAAAAUGCUUUUUGAGGAAAACAUAUUACCAUCCAAAGGUUAUUCCAUCAUGAAAUAAAGAUUAGUUUUUUAAUUUUGUAGUAUAAGGUUGUAUAUGUUUAAUUUUGGGGGUAAAUAAAUUCCAUUAAUCCAUUCACAAUGUCAUGCUCUUCCAGAGGUUUUUGUAAGAUUAUUGGGCAGUUUCUCUGCCUACAAGAUAUUAUCACAGGUGCUUGGUUUACUUUUGCAGUUCUCAAAACUGAAUUUGACUCAACAGAGAUCACAUGCCUCUUCUUCACAGCAAAAAUGUUAUAACAUGAACAGAGUUGAGAAAAAGACCUUAACCCUAUUGUUCUACAAACCUAUGAAUACAGAAGCAACCCCUUCAGUGCUAAGUUUCAAGAAGUUCAGUGAAUAGAAUAGAAACAAUAUUUUUCUGAUUGUUUGGAGUGGACAGUAUUUAAGUUUUUCAUGUGUAGGCUGGGCUGACAGUCUAAGUUUCUUAAAAUAUAUAUAUUUUGUUUUUGUUUAGCCAAAUUAGUUAACAAACAUGGAUGUUUGUUUAAGCAAAUAACAUUUGCUGAAAUGUUAUUGUUUCAGUUGAAGAAAUCUAUUUAAAUUGUUAUUAUUAAGGUAAUGAUUAUUUUUCUCCUUCCUAAGUACAACAGUAAAGUUGUCCAAAUAUGAAUGAUUAACCUAUUAAACUGGGGAUAAAAAAACUAAUAUGAAAAGUUGUUAUUCUAAAAAUCUUCAUCUACUUGCAUAUUAAAGUUAUACCAGCAAGAAUUAGUCUUUAUGAUUUAAAUCAACUAUGAUUUAAAUCAAGCCUUACUGACUAGUGAUUUAAAUCGUGAUUUAAAUCAGUUUGAUUUAAAUCAAAUCCACCCUGUAAUGAUCACAGUGGCUUCUCAGAUUAGGAUAAUACAAACAAGCUAUUGGGAGGGUUUAUAAAUAGAGCAGUAUUGUAUCAAAGAAAUGCCAAGUAUGCAUGACUGUGUUUUGAAUCAGGCUCUUGCAAAGUGGCAUGUUUCCUGAUUUAUGUAUGUAGUGUCUGAUAUGUAAGGACCAUCUUCACCCUUAGAACUUGCCCAAAACCUACAGUCGCCCUUGAAAGCCCUUUUCUUUUUCCCACCACUAAGGAUGAGCCUAUUAGUGGAUAUUAGGGGCAAGGAUUUUCAGUGGCGGCCCCUCAGUUGUGAAUCUCCUGGAGAACUCCACUGAGCUCCUCCCCACUAGUACACAGGAGAAACAAAUCAUAAUCCGUUCCUUGGUGUUAUGUCCAAACCAGGGGUUGUGGUUCAUUUUGCUUAAACACACGACUAUAAGUAAACCCAAACUAAUUGUGGUUUUCUUGGAGUUAAAAAAAACCCAUCAUCCCUAGUUCAACCAUCAGGCUAAACAAAGGAUCAUAGCUUGUCCUUUUCCAGUCACAAGAGUGCUUGCUAAACUAAGGCUAUAGAUUGGAAAGCCUCAGGCCUGAUUCUUUAUUUUUUUAUUUUUAAGAAUGAUGUUUUGGUAUUUGUGAACCUGUUUGGUCCGUUACUAAGAUAUUUAAGACAAACAGUCACUAGUGCAUGUUACUUGAGUGUGAUUGACAGCCCUCUUGAACCACUUUAGAAGACAAUGGAAUGUGCACCUUGAAGGGAGAGAACAUGCUUGACUUCCUACUUGUCUAAAGUUAAAAGGUUUCAUGAACAGCAUUAAGUAGCUUCACAGUGCAGAUCAAAUAGCGAUUAUGAUAGAGAAAAAACGUGACUUGGAAAUGUUGAGGAAAGUUAUUUCUGCUUGAUUCAUCUGUUUUUAAAGGAGUAGUGAAAAGAAGAUAAAAAAUAACCAGCCAAUUCUACAUAAUCCUCUAGGAUCUUUGUGACUGGCUUGACUUUUGCACCUACUCACGAGCCAAGCUUUCCCACGCGUGCUAUAAGCAUUCUGUUACUUCCUGGCUUGGAUGUGUGUGGAGUUGGGCAAGCAGUUUAAACUCCCCAGGAUUCCAGUGUUAGCUUCUAGCCCUUGCAGUUACGGGGAAAAUCUGUGAAUGUUACCUGAUUACAUGUUGGCUAAUCUCCAUGUGGACUGCAGGAGGAAAAUAAGCAAAUUUAUUUAUUUACUUACCGGUAUUUAUUUCAUAUAAUUUAUCCCAGCUCCUGCCCACCUAGCAGUUUGAAAGCACAUCAAAGUGCAAGUAGAUAAAUAGGUACCGCUCCGGCGGGAAGCUAAACAGCAUUUCCAUGCACUGCUCUGGUUUCACCAGAAGCGGCUUAGUCAUGCUGGCCACAUGACCCGGAAGCUGUCUGUGGACAAACACCAGCUCCCUUGGCCUAUAGAGCGAGAUGAGCACCGCAACCCCAGAGUCAUCUGCAACUGGACCUAACGGUCAGAUGUCCCUUUACCUUUACCUUUUAUGUACCACUUGAUUGGUUGUUUGUUUUUUUAAACCUUCAAUGUGGUUAGCUAAGGAAAAAAGAAUAUACAUAUCUGACUGCUAUGUAUUUAAACGUACAUCUAGUUUGGCCCCUACAUGAUCAGCCCUUGGAAAUAGAGGAAAGCACUGCUAUCUCACAGAAGAUUUUCUCCAAUUAGUGUUGGACAAGGCAACUCUUCCAUUGUUUCUCAAAGCCCUAUCUCAUCUGACAAACAGGCAUGCAAGAGCUGAGCCAUAAGUGAUGACUGUACAGUAUUCAAAUUAGAGAAUGCAUAUUUUAACAUGCCAAUUCACUGCGGUGUACCAAGUAUCAAAGUAUAAUAAAACUGAGGUCCCUUUCUGUCAUAAUUUGUUGCAACCAAAGUGUUGUAGCUCCUGUUGUCCCUACUGGAAAUGACUACCCAAGUGUUCUUUCCCCCUAAACCUAUGGGUAGGAUUCUACAAUAGUCGGCUCGUAGAACACUUAGAAAUAUCAUCCUCAUGAAAAUACAUGUAACAUUACUCAAUUAACUUUGUUUAAUCAAGGUCAUGGCUUAAUAUCAAUGUCUUGUUACAAAAUAAUUGAAAAAGAUUUUGCCAUAGUUUAAAUCUUCUGGGUUGUACAACCUAUUGCUCCUCUGCUAUGUAUGUGAUUGUUCUCUCUGCGGAAAGUAGCAGUGAACACAGCUGGUUUUCUGUCACCCUCACCACAGGCUUAACAGAGUGCCUGCUUGACGGAUUGUGAUUGCAUACAUGUGUGUCUGAAGGAGGAUACAAAUACUAGGAGAUAAAACACUCAGUGGUUCAUUUAAGGUGGAUGCAGCAACGCUACUUUGGCAUGUGCAAAAAAUAAUUUCAAAGGCAGUUUAUGAUAUGCUAUCACUAAUAUGCUGCUUAAUCCGUUAUAACACACCCAGUCUAAUAAUUCUCAAGAGCUUAGAAACAGCACAGAAGUUUGUACAAGAUUAGAGAAAGGAAAAACUUUAGAGCCAUUCCACUUCCCUAUGUGAUAUUGCCACCUCUGUCCUCAUAUUGCCAACCCCAAACACAACACAUUCUGGUGCUUAGCAUGAUUGCAGAUGCAAUGUUUCUUUGAGAACGGAUUAUUAUUAUUAAUAAUCCUUAGGGUUGGGGAAGCAAUCUUUUUAAAGGUUUAGACCUUUUAAAAAACCGUUUGUUGUUUCUAAUAUGUUUAUAUUAUCUGAUUGUAAGUUGCUUUGGCGGGUGCAAGAUGUAGGGUAUCAUUGUUUUUAAUAAAUAUAUGUUUAAAUCAUGUAGACAAGAAGUGUAAAAGGUCUAGGGCUAAUUGUGUUUUGCAUCUAUAUAUACUUUUCUGUCAGGUGUCAAUUGUAACCUGUUAGCAGGAUUAAAUAUUUAGGAAUCCUGUACUUUUCUAAAGGCUGUUUUGUACCAUAAUGGAAUUGGGUUAAAGACUUUGGGUCACACAGAGAGUAAUACAUGUGCAAUCAGAUACCGCAAAGCACCUGUUGCACUCGGGUUUCUGUCAAAUCAUUGCAAAGUGGAAAUUCAGGUCUGAUUGAUGCUCAAAAGUAUGAGGAGGUACAAAUCCCACAGAUCUGUUUCUUAUCAGGUGCUCUACACAGUAAACAAAUGCUGACUGAUGGCAGAGCUUUUGAACAGAUGAGUUUCAGAUAAUGGAAAGAACCUUGGCUGUUUCUCAUCUCCAGUUUGGCAGCUAGAUUUAUAGAAGCUGAAGAACACCUGAAAUUAGUUGUCUCUCUCGUGAUAAUGGCAGUAGAGUCAAAACAGGCCUGUAUAGUGCGGGUCCUGGGCAGGUAUCUGCCAUUAGUAUUGAGUUUAGCGUGUAUGCUCAUUUUAGCUUUCUGUUGGUGAGAAUUCAAUGGUUCCUGUUUACACUGCUGCUGUUUCUAAGUGUGUCUGGUUUAUCUCAAAGCUAUGGGUUAGUUCUACGCAAGUUUAAUCAACCCAGGCUGCUGAUCCUGUGCCUUACCUAUGGCAAAUCUCAGCUGUUUUUCAGUGGCGAUUGGGGACCUGCAAGAGCUUGGAGGUCCUUGGAACAAGCCAGUUUAGUGCCAAACUUCCCUUUUGGUUUGUCACUCACUCAUUGUUAAAAAUUGUUUUGUUGUAACUGAGUUGAGAGAAACUGACAAGCAGAUGGCAGUAACUAUGGAUUCUUUUUCACAUCACAUAAGAAAAUCAGUGUUGACACAUUUCAACUUUGGAAUAAAAGCAUUAAACUUGCAUUUUCCACACUUCAUGAGAACUGUUACAGUGCCAUUCAAAGUCUGACAUUUUUGUUGUUUUCUUUGAUGUAAUUCUACCAAGGUAUACUAUGGAGCCCUCUAGGUUUAGAUCAGUUGUAGCCUAUGUGGUUGCUUCCAGAUGUUGGACCACAAUUCUCAUCAUCCCUGUCUAAGUAUGGCAUAUGCUGAUUGAUUCAUGGUGGUAAAUGUUCUGCCUGGGUUUUUACUAUUUUACUUACUGAUUGCAAUUCAUUGACCAUCUCUUUUAUUGGAAUGUAUAAGAAAUAAUUUUUAUAUCGGGAUUUGUAAUCUUCGGUGUUAUGUUUUCAUUUAGAUACAUAGUGCAGCUUAGAAAAGCCAUGUUUUGCCCUGGAUAUUUUAAACUGUGGAAAUGUUUGUUGAAUUGUCAGUACAUCUAAACAGAAUGUCUUAACAUAUAAAAACUCCACCAAGCACAUCUAUGAACGUUGUUGUAUUAUAGUUCCUCACUUACAUGAUCUAUGGGUAUCUCUGCUGCUAAGAAGUGGAUUCUGUUUAAAUAUAAAUAUUAUCAUUAAUUUAUACUUUUAUUGCAUUUUGGGGUUAGAUAAAAAGUUGUUUUCCUGGCUAGUCAGCUACUUCAGGAUGGCUGCACUCUUGAUGACCCAUCCUUACUGAACUUCUGAAUCAGACCUGUGUGGCUUUCCACCUUCUCAUUCAGCACUUUCAUCAGGAACAAUCGAUCUUAUUGUUUGGGGUGUGUGUGUUUAUCUUCUACCUAUAAAUAUUGCUCUCUGUGUGUACACCACAGAAGCUUCAGUAUGGAAGCUCGCCAACACGAAACUGUUGCUUUAAGUGGAGUUGUUUUGCUUGGCAUACACAAAACAUACACUUUAUAUAGGUUACACGAAGACUUUUCUCCCUCUUGUCCCAGAGGGGUUUCUGUACUUCAGAGCCCUUGCUGAACAAAAUCCACACACUAGUUCUAAUUCAAUUUGCACAAAGUCCUGCAAUAGCUUAGAGCAGUGGUUGCCAACUGGUGGUUAGCGGAGCCCAUGGGGUCCACAUAACCCACCCGGGUUAUGUGGCACCACUCACAUAACAAAAACUACCAUAGAGAUACCAUAAUUUUCAAAAGUAGGGGGCCCAUGGCUUGGCUUAUGAAAAACGGGGCGUUUGCAAUACUGAGCUAAUUGAGAACUAUUGGCGUAAAGUUUUCUGAGUCCUGAAGUCUGGCAAUUCUCCAAGUCCGUCUUCUCAAAUGAGCUCUUCUCAAAGUGUUCAGGUUGUUCCACGGCAAUCCACUCCUUCCUGAUAACCACCCACUACCCACACCAUAAUCAGAGCUCUUUUAUACAGAGGUUACAUACCUAAUCUGCCCUGGAAUUCAACCAGGUGCAUCUCAGGAACGAAUCAGCUCUUUCCCCAUUACUAAUGGAAUUAACCCAUUAACCCAUAGCUUUUAAAAUAUACAACCCUUGAGCAGCCAUAUUCCUGGUUUCCCAGUCCUUGGAAGCAUGAAGAGAUCAGAAUGAUUUUAUGAUGUGACAGACAGUCACCUAGUAGCAUGGCUCUCAGUAGAUCUCCUUAGUGUGUGAUUAAGUGGUGUGAGGGCAUAGGGGUUAGCAAGCCUGUGUUUCUCCUUAAAACAGAAGGGUGAAGUUUUGCUGCCUUCUCCACAGAUGUUAAAAAUAUCAAAUAAUCCAUACUCUGGCCCUUAUUGCAAUCAUGGAAAUGAAUGAUUUAUCAAAGCUCUCCCUCGCGGAUACCAUCUGUCAAGUACAGAGUGAGAGUGAUGUUUGCCUCUGCUUCCUUGCAGUCCCCAUCUAUGCUGUAUAAGAGAUGACAAGUGUCAGGUGCAGGGAGAGCAGGGAAUUAUUAGUGCAAAUGUCAGCCCUCUUGGGAAAAGAUGUUUUAACUCCUUUAAAAGGACCUCCAUCCCCUCCAGUCAAGUAAUCCUUGUUAGAAAACCACCAUCUGAAAUGUCACCACAAUAAAAAUACUAGUCCAGUAAUUUUGAACCUGUAUUAAUUAUUGUGCCAUCUCAGAUCUGCGCAUUUGUAGUGAGACUGGAGCGAUGACAACAGUGACAAGGUGGGAUAUCACUGAAAAUCCUUUCUUUUUCAAAAUACGAGUCAUAGGCAAGGUGAGGGCACACUCAAAAUGGUGUUUCUUAAGGGAAGCCGAAUAGUGCCCAUAUUAGCAGAUGCACAAAGAAUGUAGUUAUGUUUUCCCAAACAAAACUAGAAGCAUAAUCACUUACAGGUUUAGCAAAGUUGCUAAGUCAGAUUACCUGGUUCUUGCAGAAGACAUUUGAAAAUCAGAAUUAUUAUAGAAUAAUGAGAUAGUCACAGUGAAACUUCUUGGUUCAUUAUUGAUUGACAGACAGAAUGUGACAGAAGAUGCCACCUGUAGCUUGGCAUUGACAUUUUGGGGGUUUAAAUGGGUUUCAUUGGGUGCUAGGUAAAGGUUUAUCUAUCUAGAGAAGUUUUGUGCUAUCUUUUUACCCUUACUGUUGUGAUAGAAGUGCUGACUUGGUGUCCUCAUAAUGUCAUUAGAAUGAGCACAAUGCCAUCAAAGUUAAGUGUUCUUAAAUCACAUUGAUUUUGGUGGGAGAGUUAAGCAUCUACUUUCUGGUCACUUUGAAAGGGAAUGAGAAGUGAGUAUACUUGGCUGAAUUGUUUCUGGUAUUUGUCACCUCAUCCAGUAAGAUUCCUUAUCCAUAAGACAGGAACUUUAGUUAAACACAUGUUAAGGAGAUCUGGAGCAUGAAGUACCACAAACUGCAUCAGGAGCUCCAAGGCAGUAUAACUGGAGUUACCAAACCAUACAGUAGGAGCAUGCUACUGGUUCUUGUUAGAAGGUGAAGGGCAAUAGCCAGUUUGUAAGUAUUGAACUCUGAUGGCAUAGUUCCCUAGAUCAGGCCAAGUGUUCUGCUCAGGUUUUGCAAGAGGAGCCCAUGGGGCAAGGCAAGUCAGUUGUUGUAGCACAAAGGAGGACUAGAGUCAAGUCUCUGGUCUGAAGAUAGGCACUUCCUCUGCCUGGUUAACUCUGUGCCCUGUUGGACUGGCAAGUUAGUAUGGAAGGUGCACAAUUCACCAGGGGAAGGUACCCAUGAAGAACCUAGCUGUAGUAUCCUGGUCCCUGGUGCUGUGACAUCUAGUUCCAUGGCUGCUAUCGGUACCUGUCAGCCUCUACUUCAGUGACCCCCUCAACACUAGCAUCAGAGCCAGGAACCCAGUCUGGCUCCUUAGCCUGUGUAUUGGUCAUUGCUGGAUUCCAGAGCUAUGACACCAAGAUCCAUCUGUCCCAGGACUCUGCUUCCAGCAGUGGCCAAUCAUAUACCUUUGGGAAGCUAACAGUGCAUGAUACUAAUCCAAACUGGGUGUAACCAGGGAAUGGAUGAUUGUGGCCAAGCUAUUCCUUGUCUCGGAAGGGCUGUAACUGACAAAUCCAACACAGCUGCUGAGAGGAACUUCAUGAUAGCAGAAGCCUCUUGGGACACCAAAGACAACUCUAGAUAUGACAGUAUCCCUAUACUGUAACCCUGUCCAGAAUAAGCUGGAAGCUUCCUCCCAGGGGAGAAGAAUUACUCACCAAUGUUUUUUCCUACUUGUCUGGAUUGAAAGGGAGGGAGCAAAAUAUAAGGAAGGAGAAGAAUUGGUGUGUGUUUCAGAGAGAGAGAGAAUGUCCUAAAUCAGUGGUUCCCAAUUAACUAAGUACUGUGGACCCCCUGUUUUUCAAAAGCCAAGCCAUGGACCCUCCCUACUUUCAAAAAUGUUGAUAUCUCUAUAGUAAUUUUUGUUAUAUGAAUGGUGCCACCAUCGUCUCAAAUAGUGCAAAAACCAGGAUGCAUGUCUUCCAGGCUGUACUCCUGUGCAAGUCAUGUGACCCACGCGUGUGUUUUGGGGUGUGGCGAUCUCGCAUGAGAUCCGUAUCUGGCCAUGAUCUCUCAAGCUUUUGGGCGCUGUGCUCUCACAUGGAGCUUUAGUAAAAUGUGUGUUCUCUUCUUGAUAGUGCUCAUAAAUCAAACCUAUACUGAAUAUUUCCAUUUUGCUCUGUCUCAUUAUGUAUUCUGACUUUUAUAUAGUUGCUAGUGGUUGACCACAAAAGCAUUUCAGGUUGUGUAAAUACAUACGGUUGCUGUUCUUUUGAGUCUUCUUGUUUGUUUUUUUACAAGCAAUGUUUCUAUCAGAACAGUUAAUCUUUCAACAUGAAAACUGUCAUUUUCCAUUUUAAUAUGCCACUCCCGGCUCUCCAUUUUGUUCUGUUUAGUUUUUUGUUAAGUAAUGGAGAACGGCUUUUGCAUAAUUUAUUCAGAAGACAAAGUAUAAUUAGCUGUUAAAAGCAAAACAUAUCUGUAGUGGAAAUAGGAAAUGCCUAUCUUCAUGAUUCUUUGGGGCUAUAUUAUUAUUAUUAUUAUUAUUAUUAUUAUUAUUAUUAUUAUUAUUAUUUUCUAAAAACAAUUUAUCUCUUAGCAGAGGUAUUUCCUUGAUUUUAGAGCCUCUAUCAACUAAACUGGAUAUUGCCUGGAGAUACAGCCAUGCCAAAGAGACUUAUUUUCCUUUGGUGAAUAAAUCUACCAGGGAACUCUUCUUACUUUGUCAUUUUCAUGUCUUUAAGCAACUGUGAGCAUGUGACAGCUUGAAAAAGCCAACCUCUCCAGGCAACUUAUCAGUGCAUACCACAGUGUAGUGUCAGGUGCUGUUGUCUGUCUGUGUGGCCUCCAUUAGCCCCCUCCUUUUCUUCUCCUUCCCUCCCUUCCUCCUCACCUUAUUGAUGUGGCUUUUUGAGUUGUUAUUCUGCUUGGCAGUGUGUUAUAGCGUUCUUUUUUUAAUUCUCUCGCCAUGGAAACAAAAGGGAAAGUCGGGGGUGUUGCCUUCCCCCAAACCGUGCAGCACUACUACAAUGUGCUCUUUUGCAAGGGAUAAGCUCCCCUUUUCAGGGCUGCCAGCCAACUGGAAACUUUCCCACCAUGCAGAAUGUAUGCAAAAAGCCUUCCCUUCAGACAAAGAUAUUCUCCAUAGAACCCUUUUCAGCAGCAAGACAUUAUUAUUGGUUGCUGUCAACGGUGACUAUCAUGUGACGGGCAAGUCAGCCAGCUGAGGCAGCUCUUCAGUUUCGAAUGCUUUCCCUACCCCUGAUGCCUGAAAUUUGCAUCUGAAGCCAAGGAAUUCAGAACUGCACAUGACCCACCACCUUCCUAGGACUCUUCUGAGCAAGUGGAGAAGCGAAGGAGGAGGGCAGCAGCACUCAGAGGAGCAAUGGGACUUGAAGGCCAUGGUCACUUGAGAUAAAUGGCAGAUCACUGGGCAUCUAGUAUUGUAGCUGCUUGCUUAAGCUUUAUCCCUCUCUGCAGCCCACAUUUCUUCUCUGUGAGCUGCCACUGGCUCUUCCGGUGGUGGCGUUGGAGACACCGAAGGCAGCUUGGUUGGUGCCAAGCUUGAGUAAGGGAUAAGCCACGCACCUCACCAUGAUUCAUCUGUGGAAAGUAGUGAGGCAUGUGCGACAGCUGGAGCUCCACAGAUUGAUCCUGCUGCUCAUUGCUUUCAGCCUGAUUUCCAUGUGCUUCCUGGCUUACUACGUUACCAACAGCCCCAAAAUAAAGGAACCACCUCCGUUGCCCUUCAGCGAUUGUAGCAACCAACACAGGGUUCUUAUUCAACCCCAGGCAAGCUGGAGGCUUAUGAAAUCAGUGGACAACUCACGCACAGACCCUGUGGUGCUUGUCUUUGUGGAAAGCAUCUAUUCCCAACUGGGUCAGGAGAUUGUGGCUAUCUUGGAAUCUAGCCGGUUUAAAUACAGGACAGAGAUCGCCCCUGGAAAGGGAGACAUGCCCACUCUGACAGACAAAGACCAUGGCCGCUAUGCUCUUAUUAUCUAUGAGAAUAUCCUUAAAUAUGUGAACCUGGAUACCUGGAACAGGGAUCUCUUGGACAAAUACUGUGUGGAAUAUGGAGUGGGAAUCAUUGGCUUCUUCAAAGCAAAUGAGAACAGCUUGCUCAGUGCUCAACUCAAGGGCUUUCCCCUUUUCCUACAUUCCAAUCUAGGGUUGCGAGAUUAUCACAUCAAUCCCAGUGCCCCGCUGUUGUAUGUAACUCAGGCUAAUGAAGUGGAGCAAGGCCCCCUGCCUGGUGAUGACUGGACAGUGUUCCAGUCAAAUCACACCACCUACGAACCUGUGUUGAUGGCCAGCACCAAAUCUUCAGAGUCAAUCCCUCAUCUGACCACCCACAGAGCUCUGCAUGCUACCGUGGUGCAGGACCUUGGUCUGCAUGAUGGCAUCCAGCGGGUCCUUUUUGGUAAUAACCUCAACUUCUGGCUUCACAAGCUGAUAUUUGUUGACGCUAUUGCUUACCUGACUGGGAAGCGUCUAUGUCUGACCCUUGAUCGCUACAUCCUUGUGGACAUCGAUGAUAUCUUUGUGGGCAAAGAGGGCACACGCAUGAAGGUGUCGGAUGUAGAGGCUCUAAUGAACACUCAGAACAAGUUGAGGACUUUAGUUCCCAAUUUUACUUUCAACCUGGGAUUUUCUGGGAAAUUCUACCACACUGGUACUGAUGAGGAAGAUGAAGGGGAUGACAUGUUGCUAAAGCAUAGGAAGGAGUUCUGGUGGUUCCCACACAUGUGGAGUCACAUGCAGCCACAUCUCUUUCACAACGUCACUGUGCUAGCCGAGCAAAUGAAACUCAACAAGCAGUUUGCUUUGGAGCAUGGGAUCCCCACAGACCUGGGCUAUGCAGUAGCCCCCCACCACUCAGGGGUUUACCCUGUCCAUGCACAGCUCUACGAGGCAUGGAAAGCUGUCUGGGGCAUCCAGGUGACCAGCACAGAGGAAUACCCACACCUUCGGCCUGCACGGUACCGGCGGGGCUUCAUCCAUAAUGGAAUCAUGGUGUUGCCUCGACAGACUUGUGGUCUUUUCACUCACACCAUAUUUUAUAAUGAGUAUCCUGGUGGCUCCAAGGAGCUGGACAAAAGCAUUCGCGGUGGUGAACUCUUUCUGACAGUGCUCCUGAACCCAAUCAGCAUCUUCAUGACCCACUUGUCCAAUUAUGGAAACGAUCGCCUUGGGCUCUACACUUUCGAAAGCCUCGUCAAAUUUGUGCAGUGCUGGACCAACCUCCGUCUUCAGACUCUGCCGCCCAUCCAGCUGGCCAAAAAGUAUUUUGAAAUAUUUUCACAGGAAAAGAACCCUCUGUGGCAGAACCCUUGUGAUGACAAGCGGCAUAAAGACAUCUGGUCCAAAGAGAAGACAUGUGACCGGCUUCCCAAGUUUCUCAUCGUUGGUCCUCAGAAAACUGGUACGACAGCUGUGCAUUUCUUCCUAUCCAUGCACCCAGCUGUUACCAGCAACUUUCCAAGCCCCUCCACCUAUGAAGAGAUCCAGUUCUUUAAUGGACUCAACUAUCACAAAGGAAUUGACUGGUACAUGGAGUUCUUUCCCAUCCCCUCCAAUGCCAGCACAGAUUUCAUGUUUGAGAAAAGUGCCAAUUACUUUGACACCGAAGUAGUGCCCAGGCGGAGUGCCGCUCUCCUUCCGCGGGCCAAAAUAAUUGCCAUCCUGAUCAAUCCAGCUGACAGAGCAUACUCCUGGUAUCAGCACCAGCGUGCUCACAACGACCCUGUGGCACUCAACUACACUUUCUACCAGAUCAUUUCUGCUGGGCCCCAAGCUCCUCAGGAGUUGCACAACCUGCAGAACCGCUGUCUGAAUCCUGGAUUGUAUUCCACUCAUCUGGAGAGGUGGCUGAUGUAUUAUCCUUCUGGACAGGUUUUGGUUGUGGAUGGGCAGGAACUCAGACAAAGCCCCGCAUCUAUCAUGGAGAACAUCCAAAGGUUUCUGGGGGUUACACCACUGUUCAACUAUACCCAAGCACUCAAGUUUGAUGAAGCAAAAGGAUUUUGGUGUCAAGUUCUUGAAGGAGGGAAGACCAAGUGUCUGGGGAAAAGUAAAGGAAGAAAAUAUCCAGACAUGGAUUCCUCAUCCCGCAUGUUCCUGGCAGACUUCUAUCGCGAGCACAACAUUGAACUAUCCAAGUUGAUGAACAAGUUUGGACAGCCCCUUCCUACAUGGCUCCGAGAGGAGCUGCAAAAUUCUAGCUGGAGCUGAAGUCAAGGGUGCUGGCGCCAGUGCUGCCCAACAUCUGGAUGUGGGAGCCACUGGGGAAAAACACACACUGCUGCCAUCUCUUCUCUAUGAAAGGAAACUGGAGGCAGGAGCAGGAAGUGUGCUAGCCUGAUUAUAGACCAUGCACUUUCACCUAUUAAUGGUUUGCUACAUUGGAGAUACCCAGAGAACAAAAUGGCACAAGCUACUGUGCAGUCAGGGCCCUAUCUAAAAAAUUGAGGGUGGCUGACACAGGAAUGCUUUUGUGCUAUAAUUCCCCCAUGCCAGAAAGCCCAGAGUAGACUCCACAGAAAAACAAAAGCAUGCAACUGUGUCAGCUACUGGGACAUUCCCUAUUUAUGUCCAAAAACACUCAGGAUGCUAGCAAGUGAAUGUCUUAAUAUUGUACCCUUAUGUGGUUGUUAGGGUGAUGUUGCUAAUAAUGGUCAGCAAGUUUCAUUUAUUGCAGCCUUAGUUAUUUCAUUAACCCCUAUUCUAGCGGAAAGGGAAGGGGGCAGGGAAGGUCAAAAAGGCAGCAGAAACUUGUGUUAAGUUCUCAUGGGAGAGAGAUUACAAUUCCCCCCUCGUGUCAGGUAAAAGGGGGGGGGAAUACGAUGGUGCCACAUUCAUUCAUGAACUAUAAAGAAACAGUGUUCACUUAUAACUUAAUCAGAACAGUCUUAACUUUCAGCUGGGGUGGAAAGGGGAUUCAGCAAUCUCAAAUAGGCUAUUCAUUUUCAUCUUAACAAGGCUGAAUGAGAUGGACUACAAAUCUGUGUUGUCAGUUUAAAUCACUCAUUUUGCCUCAAAUUCUGCAGGUUGUGGGUCUCCAGCCAACUCUUUAAUCUCAGCAUUUCCUCAUUACAACCACUAUGUGAGCGGAGAGCUACAGCAGUCCUGCCCAUCCCUCCUAACAUGCCUUAUGUAGAGUGGUCCAGCAGCUGCUCACAAGUGCCAGGCUCACUGAGGGAUAUAUAUAUAGCAGCUGAUUGGGGCAAGAAGAGCCCUUGGGUAACUCAGUGUGCCCACUCCAAGAGGGGGAAAGUGAUUUCAGCCAAGCUUAUACAUGGAGCCUUAGUUAUUGUGUAUUUUUAAUUGUCAAUUUACCAUUGUUUGUAAAUAUAUAAUAUGGAUUAUAUAAUAUUUCAUCCAAUGUGUCACCAUGCAGAGGGAAAUGUUGUGCUAUCAAAAAUUGAACCAACAAACCUAAAACCCUGUGGCUGAGGAGAGAAGCAAGUGCUGUGCUUCCUGCACUGGAUUCAUGUAUGUCAUUCACAUUGAAUGAUAAGGAUAAAUUCUUGGCUCUUGCAGCUGAGCACAAUGUCUAAAUAAAGGUUAGACGUAGCAUUUGGAGUCAAUAAAUGUACUUACUUUA